AUGACUACCAACUGCUCGAUUGCACGAAGCACAUUUCCCACAGAUACAGAUACAGAAUCAGAUCAGGGGGAUAGUAGUAGCUCAGAUCCACCAUCGAAUUCUGAGACUAUAGCAACAUUUGAAGAUGCAUUCUCUUGUGACAAGUCCUGGGCUCCAACACCGGCUACAGCUAGAAGUGAAAUUGGUAUUCUGAAUGCAUUUUUGAAAACUUUUGGAAGAGAACCGAUUAGAGGUCAGCUGAAAAAACCUAUCGAAGAUAUUGCUCCUUCAACAAUGCGGUAUUAUAAAAACAAAACACAUGAUACUAUAUCAAUUGUGUUGAAUUUGAUUGCCCCGAAUCAGGAGGAAAAAUUAAUGGAUAUUGUGAUGAAAUCAGAAAAGACGGGUAUUGAUUCGGAUGAUAGACUCCUUGAACAACUUGUAAACUGCUACAAUCGAGCCUCCUCUUGGCAAACAAAGCGCCAAAUUUUGUCAAUAUCUGUUCAGAACCAUACUAAGUCAGCGCUAUUGGAUUUGAUACCGGGUCUGACAAAGUACAGGAUCGACCAGGCAAGAAAACAUGCCAUGGAAGCUGGCCACGCACAACCAGUUGAGAGCCAUCCUGUAAUAAGAAAAAGACUGGACGAUACAAAAGUUGACCAUUUCUUGGAUUUCAUUUCAAGACCUGAAUACACACAAGACGUGGCAUAUGGAACAAAAAAUAUGAAGUUAAGUCACGGAGAAAAAUUAGAGAUACCAAAUGUGGUACGUACAGUCAUUGCAUCUAGACUUAUAGACCUGUACAAGUCCUACUGUCAAGAGAUUGACUUUGAACCACUUGGACGCACUAUUAUGUAUAAUAUACUUCAAGUCUGUGCUGCAUCAAAGAAGGUUUCUCUUGCAGUUGAGGGAACGGAAGGCUUUUCAACGCUUAGACAAAUCUCGAAAACCCUCUCGGAGCUCGGUUUGAGCACAGCAUGGUUGGAUGAGAUAACGAAAUCACUCGCUUCAACUGAACUGUAUUUUAAAACCGAUAUGAAAUUGAACUUAUCAGUCUCCUCGCAAUGUAUCAGUCAUUGCAUUACCUAUGCUCUGUCGGAACAAGAGUGUGAUCAUGAACACACUACGAGCUGUUCAAACUGUGAGAAAAUUCAUUCAGUUUUGGAAAAAAUUGAGAGCGGUUACUCCGCUGCUCAAUUGAAGUUUUCAUACGAAGGUCAAAAAGAAGAAUUGAUUUAUGACUUUCAAAAUGCCAAAAGUGCAGUGUUAAAUUACAGGGCGCAUAUCGUGCGUGCCAUCAAUCAAGAGCGGGCGAAAAAUGACAUUUUGAACCGACGCGACAACGCCGGAUGCUACCAUUGUGCACCGUUAAUUUUAUCCAUGGCUGCGCUUGCAAAACGUCAAAAUGUUACUAUCACUGCUUAUGAUUUUUCUGAAGCUCAGGCUGGAAAGGAUACUUGUGACAGAAAAAUCGCCUCAUUAAAAGCACAUAUCCAACGAUAUAUUAAUGAUGGCCACAAUGUUACAACGGCAUCUGAGAUGUUUGAUGCAUGUAGGUCGUAUAACGGAGUGCGCGGCUGCUGCGUUAGUGUCAUGAACAUUGAUGAAACAGUAAUAAGUGAACGCGUCACAUGGACUGGAAUCACUACAAUGACCAAUUUCACUUAUGAAGAAAAUGGUGUAAGGGUUUGGAAAGCGUUUGGAAUCGGAAAAGGAGUACUACACAGUUAUGAUAAACUCUUACGGAAUAAUGAGUGUAAUGUGCGGCCAAUGUUCACUAUGGGGGAAUAUUCCACUCCUCAAAUAUCUACUGGUGCUGUGCAUCGUACCACUGAAACACUUUUCUCCUGUUCAGAAGAGGGCUGUUCGAAACUGUUUCGAACAGAAAAUGAACUCACAAGACAUUUAUCUGUCGGAAGACAUGAGAGGACGCCUGUACUUGACACAAAGUUUGACUCAAUUAAACGAAAAUGGCAAGGUCGUGUUGCGGAGGUUGCGGCACAGAAGAAAGUACUAUACACUGUCAGUGCUUCAGCGAGUACUUCAACGAAAUCCGUUGUAAGUAGUUGCCCUGAUUUACCUAUGGGUUGGGCCCUGAAGAUCACCACAAAGCGUUCAACAUAA